AUGCCGCCAAAAAAAGAUAAACCUUCAGGAGCCCAGUAUCGAAAGAGUAGAGCUCAAGCUCAAUUAGAAUUAGAAAAAAAUGCAAAAAUGAUGAACAAAUAUUUUAAUAAAAAUAGUGGAACCUGUGAAACAUCUACUUCGACAUCGGAUGCUAGAAAUGAAUCAAUAAAUGAUAUAGAUGAAAAUAUUUUUAAGACUCCUGUAAAACAUAAUAAUGAAACAUCUACUUCGACAUUGGAGGCUAAAAAUGAAUCAAUAAAUAGUACAGAUGAAAAUAUUUCUUAA